AUGCCAUUUGCUUCAUUUGUGGGAGUAAACCAUCAUGGACAAUCCAUCCUACUUGGUUGUGGAUUACUUUCAUCAGAGGACACUACCUCAUUUGUGUGGUUAUUCCAGACUUGGUUAAGAUGUAUGGCCAACAAGGCACCAGACAGUAUUGUCACAGACCAGUGUAAAGCAAUGGCUAAUGCAAUUAAAGAAGUAUUCCCCAAAACAAAACAUAGGUGGUGUUUGUGGCAUAUAAUGAAAAAGAUACCUGAAAAAUUGCAAGGGUAUAAAAAUUAUCUUGCUAUCAAGAACGAUGUGAAAGUGCUUGUAUAUGACUGUUGUUCCAUAGUUGACUUUGAAAUGGGUUGGAAAGAAGUACUCAGAAAGCACAACUUAGAAAACAAUGAAUGGUUAGGAAUUUUGUACGAUGAGAGACAUAUGUGGGUGCCUUGCUACUUGAAAAAUCAUUUUUGGGCGGGUAUGUCCACAACUCAAAGAAGUGAGGGAAUGAAUGCUUUUUUUUAUGGCUUCAUCAAUUCAAGUACGACACUUCAACAAUUUGUGGUUCAGUAUGAUAAUGCUCUUAAAUUCAAAGCCCAAAAAGAAAUUGAAGCGGACUUCUCUUCCCUCAAUACAACUGUUGCCUGCGNGUCUCAAUCACCUAUUGAAAGACAAUUUCAAGUGGAGUACACACACGCAAAAUUUGAGGAAGUACAAAAUGAGUUUCGAUCCAGGAUGAAUUGUUUCAUCAAAGACACGGUCAAGGACUGUAUUUCUAACAAGUACACGAUCAAAGAAGAGUGCAUGUGGGAUGGAAAAUGUUCCGCCAAAUAUUACGAUGUUGAAUUUGAUCCCCUGACAAAGGAUACAACCUGCUCUUGUCUACUAUUUGAGUUUAAAGCAUCUAAUGAAUUGGAAAAAGAAUUGAAUUCUCUUCGUAAAAAGUUUGGAGUCAAUACACAAUUACGAAAUAAAAUAGUAAGUGAGGAAGGACAACUGAGGUAUGAAAAUCCACUCACCGGUACUCCAUCGAACACCGCAUGUGGAAGUAGUGAUGUACUUGUUCGUAGUCCAAAAACGGUGAAGCGUAAAGGCCGACCAAGAACUAACAGAUUGAAGUCAAGUGUAGAAACACUAAGCAGAAAAAGGAAAACCACUUCAAGGAAGCAUGCCUCAACAACAACGCAUCAACAAAAUGUGGGUACUAUGAUUCAUGUUAAUGUAUAA